UCCCUCUCCAGUGCCCCUGCUUCGUCCCAUCUGGCUGGAAUUGAGGCGGUUUCUUGCGACCCUUGACUUAUCCGGGAAGCGUAUUGUUGGUUUUCGGGAUCUUGUCUCUUUGAAGUAUCCCUUGGAGAAAGCAAAAAUAAAAGAAGGAUCGCGGGAACCGGUUACGGGAGCUCAGAAUGAACGGCGAUACUUAUUCUUCCAGAGGAGACUCUGGUCGCCCUAGGGACUAUUACCGUGAAGAACGGCGCGAACGCGGAGGCGACAGAGCGGAGAGAGGCGAAAGAGGCGAGAGAGGCGAGAGAAGACGAUCGCGGUCCCCCCAUUACGGCUCCCGAGGCUCUCGACGCGACUACGAGGUAGACACGUACUCGUCGAGCCGGGACUAUCGCGCUCGAGAACGAGAGGACCGGUACUCCAGCCGGAGGGAAGAUCGCGAGUGGGACCGAGACCGUGGCGAGCGUGGUGAGCGUGGUGAACGCGGUGACCGUGGCGACCGCGGCGAUCGCCGGCGCAGAGACUACGAAGACCGACCAUCCCGACGCGAGCGGGACAGAGAUCUGUUCGAGGAUAGACCUCGGCGGGAAGGCAGAGAUCGCGGAGAUCGGGAUCGUGGCGACCGCGAUCGGGAGAACAGGAGAGAGCGGAAGAGAAGCCCAUCGCCUCCUCCGCGCAAGCGGGAGCCUACGCCCGACUUGACAGAUGUGCCGUCGAUUCUGGACCGGAAACGUCGCCUGACACAAUGGGAUAUCAAGCCUCCUGGCUAUGAGAACGUGACUGCGGAACAGGCGAAGCUGUCGGGAAUGUUCCCUCUCCCCGGUGCCCCUCGACAGCAGCCCAUGGAUCCCAGUCGUCUUCAGGCCUUUAUGGCGCAACCUGGUGGUGGAUCGGCCGACAGCGCGAUGCUCAAACCCUCCAACUCCCGUCAGGCAAAGCGUCUGUUUAUCUACAACGUUCCGACCAGUGUGACGGGCGAGUCUUUGCUGGCAUUCCUGAACACUCAACUUAACGGUCUCAAUGUCAUUCAAAGCGUGGACCCUUGUAUUUCGGCGCAGGUGUCGGAUGACCAUACCUUCGCUCUCGUCGAGUUCAAGUCGCCCAACGAUGCCACGGUUGCCCUUGCGUUUGACGGAAUCACGAUGGAUGAGCAUGCCGCCAUGGAUGGAAACGGCGCUGCCAAUGGCGAGCAGAAGGGAUUGGAUAUUCGGCGACCCAAGGACUACAUCGUCCCUAGCACCACCACCGAACAAGAAUUCCAGGAAGGAGUGCUGUUGAACGAAGUCCCCGACUCGGCCAACAAGAUUUGCGUCUCCAACAUCCCCAGCUACAUCCCCGAAGAGCCCGUCACCAUGCUUCUCAAAUCGUUUGGUGAAUUGAAGUCUUUUGUUCUGGUCAAGGAUGCCUCGACGGAAGAGUCUCGGGGAAUUGCGUUCUGCGAAUACGCUGAUCCUUCCGCCACGAGCAUUGCAGUGGAAGGACUUAACGGUAUGGAACUGGGCGACCGGCAUCUUAAGGUGGUGCGCGCUAGUAUCGGAACGACGCAGGCAUCUGGACUGGACAUGGGCGUCAAUGCCAUGUCGAUGUUCGCCAAGACGACGUCACAGGACCUGGAGACCAGCCGUGUGUUGCAGUUAUUGAACAUGGUCACGCCGGAAGAGUUGAUGGACAGUGAAGACUAUGAAGAAAUCUGCGACGAUGUGCGCGAUGAGUGCUCCAAAUACGGACAGAUCGUCGAGCUGAAGAUCCCCCGACCUUCCGGCGGCAGCAGACAAUCCCCUGGUGUGGGCAAGAUCUUUGUCAAGUUCGACACGGUAGAGUCGACCACGAACGCAUUGAAGGCCCUCGCUGGACGGAAGUUCUCGGAUCGAACCGUGGUGACAACCUACUUCUCGGAGCCCAACUUCGAUGUCAAUGCCUGGUAGAGCAGACGAUGAAAUCCAACCCGUUGCUACUAACCUACAUGGCGGUUAAUAUUUCAGUUUUGUUUCAUCCUGAAUCUAUUCCCCGGAUGGUUCAUGAUAAAACAUCCCAGUGGGAGGAUGGAUGGAUUGUUUUUAACUCCGUUCACGUCUUGCUUUCGCGUUGCUGUGUCCUCUGGCCUUCCAGUUAACUGAGUUCUCUUAACUUACGGUGUAUCAUAGCGGGAGAUAAAUGAAAUUGGAACGUUUGUAUUAUGUUGACUUGUUUUUUCGACAUUGGCAGAUCUAUAUACGUCUGAGACAAUCGAU